AUGUAUAUAUGGUCGUCAUCUUAACCGAACCUAUCCCCAAGCCUCUCUUGUGAAGAAAAAUCUCACAUCAAAUCAAUGGAGACUCGAAAGAAAUCAAAGCGUUUAUCAAAAAGCUGGUCAGAUAAUUCACAAAUAAAUAAGCUUGAUGAUGGUUGUCUUAUGCAUAUAUUUAGUUUCUUACUCCCAAUUCCAGAUCGGUAUAACACCGCCCUCGUUUGCCACAGAUGGAUGUUUCUGGCAUGUCACCCUCGAUUAUGGUUACGAGUAGAUAGGAUGGUCAAAGAUCUGUCUCAGCCUGGUGUUUUCCCUACUGUGGAAGCGGCUGUCUCUGCUGCAAGGCCUGGGGACACCAUUUUAAUUGGGGCAGGAGGGAGCCAUAUUGCUUCAAAUAUUCAGAUAAAGAAGCCACUUUGUCUGAUUGGUGGAGGUGAUGUUCCUGAAGAAACGACUCUGAUAUGCUCUCGUGGUUCAGAGAGCGCGUUGGAGUUCUUGUCCACAUGCAAACUAGCCAACUUGACUGUGAAGGCAGAGCUAGGUUGCUGCUUGCUUCAUCGAAGCGGGAAGUUGAUAAUUGAUUGUUGCUUUCUCCAGUGCGAGUCAGACCCCUUAGACUAUCUGUCAUAUGCGAUUAUUAGCACAUCUAGCUGCCCAAAGGUCGCUCCAUCGUUGCUGAAAUGUUGUGGCGAUGGUGUCUCGGUUUCUCAAACUCGAAUAGAAGGGGGUGCGAAGGCUGUCUUGACGAGCGGAAGCCUAGCAUUGCAGCGAGUUCGUGUUAUUUAUGCUCAAACCAGUAUCUUUUUUUGGUUUGAUGUAGAGCAUCGGGAGCAAUGAAGUCGUCCCCGCAGUUCUGUUGUACUUUAUGCCUUUUCAGCUCUCUCAUGCAAUCAUGUUGUAAAACCAUAGUCUGUAAGAAUAUAUUUGUUUAUUUUUCACUUUCAUUUUCCAGGUUUUUAGUCUUGUAGGAUAUGUUUUACAUUAUGUAUGUUUAACAAUAAAUCAUAAUGCCCGGGCAUAAUUACCUCCAAUUUAGUCUAUUUAUCCA